AUGGACUCCAAGCUGUUUCUGGCGGAGAAUGUGCUCAAUGAGCGACAGGCCGUGACUUAUCGCUCAUUGAGCCGUGCGCUCAAGGUUCACGCCAAUCGAGCCAAACAAAUUCUCUACGAUUUUCACCGCAGUGAGAAUGCGAAGAAGCCACAGACCGUUCAUGCGACCUACGUCAUCUCCGGCAUCCAAAAAGCGCCAGAGCCAGCUUCAAGAAACGGCCAUGCCAACGACGAGGAUGAGAUGAUGCAGAGUAGCCCUUACUUGCCCAGCUCCAUGCCGAAUCAGGAUGCAUCUUCAGACACCGCCCACAUUGCAUCAAUCAUCUUAGCGCGUGAAGAAGAUUUAGAAGAUGCAAAGUCAACAUUCCAGUCAAUCUCUAUGAUUCAUAUCUACAGCCUAGAACCUACACCGCUUCCUGAUCUAAACGUACUGGUCGAUGUCAAUCGGGAGAUUGCGAUCAAGUAUGCGCAGGAAGAUCCUAUGGAGUGUGGAAAGCAAUGGGGCAUGAUUCAGAACAGGAAUGUCAAGCGGAGAACUGGUGCGCGCCCGCCUCCACCUGCAGCUGCGAAAGCUCCGGCUCCGGCUGCCAAGGUAUCAAAGCCUUCUACCGAGUCAACAGUACCGGCCAAACGGCCUUUGCAAAAUGAGACUGCUUCCGUUAAAGUCGAACCCAAGACCGAAGAAUCCAAGUCUCAGCCAUCUUCAGGCGCAAACUCCCAGUCAUCUUCAAAGCCCGCCGCAAAAGCUGCGCCUUCCAAGAAAGGCAACUUGUUCAGUUCAUUUGCUAAGGCGAAGCCCAAACCAAAGACAGCCGCCCCCGCAGAAACUCCUGCGCAAGAUGUCGUGCUUGACGAUGCUUCUGAAGAAGAACCCGAAGAACUAUUCCCCGAUAGCGGUGACAAAGCUGCUGCUGCGAACCGUGAAAGCAGAAAAGAACGCGAAGAAAAGCUAAAGAAAAUGAUGGACGAUGACGAGGCCGACGACGAAGAAAUGCCCGAUGCCGAGGAGGAACCCUCUCGCGAACCUACACCUGUCGAACAACCCCCGCCAUCCAAGCCAGCAGAACUUAAGGAAGAAGUCACCGUGCAAGGUGGGCGGCGACGAGGCAAGCGACAAGUCAUGAAGAAGAAGACGGUCAAGGAUGAGGAAGGUUAUCUAGUCACUCGGGAAGAAGCGUCGUGGGAGUCCUUCUCCGAAGAUGAGCCGGCGCCCAAGAAGAAGCCAGCAGUCAAUGUGCCCAAGGCUAAGGCCGGUAAAGCGGGCCAGGGUCAAGGUAAUAUCAUGUCUUUCUUUGGAAAGAAAUGA